AUGGAUGUGCGUGUGACUGUUUUUUGUUUGUUAUUAGUUUUCGCGUAUCCCAGUUCCGCGGCUAAACUGUAUAGCGAUGAUCAAGUUUCGAGUGUUGAUAGUAAUUUAAGUAAUUUUACCAAAAAUAUAAAUGAAAUAAAUAAUGGCGGCCUUAAAACCGAACAAAAUGCUAAUGAAAUUAUCGAAAAGUCGGACGGCUUAUUGGAUUUUUCGCUCGGUCGUACCUUCGGUCGUCCCUUCAAGAAGAUGCUGCAAGCGAUGAUUCCUCUCGCAUUCGGUAUGGGUUCAGCGGCCACGUGGGCGGUUGUGGCCGCUCUGGUGGGCAUCAAGACAUUGGCUGUGACGCUCAUCAUAUUGAAGCUACUCCUCAUGGCUGGAGCUGCUAAGUUCGGUGCAUUCUUCGCGUCUAAAUCACAUUCAGCUCACGACUGGAGUCCGCAGCAGAAGGAAAUACAUCUUCAUAUACACAACGGGCACAGUGAAGAACAUGUACCUAUAUCUCCGUGGAAUAGAGAGGGUAUUCAGAACACAGCGGAAUCAAAACACGUGAAUGUUGUAUACGAGCCUUACCCCGGACCACAAACAAUUAGCACUCCAUACGGACACUACAUGAAGAUUGACCCAGGGUACCAAAUACCUCAAUAA